UCCUUGAAGAAAUCUCUAGAACAUUCUCCUCGCUGAUUUUCAUCCACUCCUUAUAACCAACCCUUUCUUUCUCUCAGAAACCCAUGUUUGCAUGCCCAUUGUCAUAAGGGCCAGACGGCCAAAGAAAACGAGAAGUUAACCCCAGAGCCCCAAAUCAAGUCCAAAAUUUCUAGUGGUGUAAUUUCCUUUUCUUGCUUGUUAAAAUGGCUGAGAGCGAGCGUUGUUAUUAUUCGGUGCUUGGAUUACAUAAACAAGCCUCGGCUACUGAGAUUCGUCAUGCUUAUCGAAAGCUCGCUCUGAAAUGGCAUCCAGACCGGUGGAUGAAAGAUCCCGUCGUCGCUGGGCAGGCGAAAACGCAGUUUCAGCAUAUUCAAGAGGCUUAUUCAGUAUUAUCAGAUAAAGGAAAGAAAAGAGUUUACGACGCUGGAAUGUUGGGUUUUCUUGGAGACGAUGAUGAUGAAGGGUUCUGCGAUUUUAUGCAAGAAAUGAUUUUGAUGAUGGAAAAUGUGAGGUCACAGCCACAGGGAGGUGACAGUGUCGAAGAUCUUCAAAGGUUAUUGAUGGAGAUGAUGGACAGUGAUGAAAGACCCAAGCUUGAUAUCGAAUGCAGAACUUUUGAAACCCCUAAUAAAAGAACUCGUUUCACCAACUUUAACAGAUGCUCGUCGUCCCUCUCGUGGACAGAUUAUGGUUUCAAUGGCCUUCAGGGAAGAAAAAGACACUUUUGGACCCAUUCAAGUUCCCGCUGAUAAGUUAUGGGGCGCGCAAACUCAAAGAUCACUGCAAAAUUUCGAAAUAGGGGGAGAGCGUGAGCAGAUGCCGGAACCGAUCGUUCGUGCUUUUGGCAUUCUUAAGAAGUGCGCUGCCAAGGUGAACAUGGAGUAUGGUCUGGAUCCAUCCAUAGGGAAGGCUAUAAUGCAGGCUGCCCAAGAGGUAGCUGAAGGCAAGUUAAAUGAUCAUUUUCCGCUUGUUAUAUGGCAGACUGGUAGUGGCACUCAGAGUAACAUGAAUGCCAAUGAGGUUAUUGCCAACAGAGCAGCUGAGAUUCUUGGACAUAAGCGAGGUGAAAAGUUUGUACACCCAAACGAUCAUGUCAACAAAUCGCAGUCUUCUAAUGAUACCUUCCCAACAGUGAUGCACAUUGCAGCUGCCACAGAAAUAAAUUCAAGAUUAAUACCAAAUCUGAAAAAUUUGCACAGCACACUGCAUUCAAAGUCUAUUGAAUUCAAAGAUAUUGUCAAAAUUGGGCGCACUCACACUCAAGAUGCAACACCACUGACUCUCGGACAAGAGUUUAGUGGCUACGCCUUGCAAGUGAAGUAUGGACUUGAUCGGAUCACAUGCACUCUACCGCGCAUGUAUCAGCUUGCUCAAGGUGGAACUGCUGUUGGAACUGGAUUGAACACAAAGAAGGGAUUUGAUGCCAAAAUAGCUGCUGCAGUGGCUGAGGAAACAAAACUACCAUUUGUAACAGCAGAAAACAAGUUUGAAGCUUUGGCUGCACAUGAUGCUUUUGUUGAAAGUAGCGGAGCCCUUAACACGAUUGCUACUUCUCUAAUGAAGAUUGCAAAUGACAUGCGCUUCUUGGGAAGCGGCCCACGAUGCGGCCUUGGUGAACUUGUACUUCCUGAAAAUGAACCAGGCAGCAGUAUUAUGCCUGGAAAGGUUAAUCCUACCCAGUGUGAGGCACUCACUAUGGCCUGUGCUCAGGUCAUGGGAAAUCAUGUGGCUAUUACAGUGGGUGGAUCAAAUGGCCAUUUUGAGCUUAAUGUGUUUAAGCCUAUGAUUGCUAGCAAUCUCCUACAUUCAACGAGAUUGCUCGGAGAUGCAUCUGCUUCCUUUGAAAAGAACUGCGUGAAAGGCAUUCAAGCCAACAAGGAAAGGAUUUCAAAAUUACUUCAUGAGUCGCUUAUGCUUGUGACUGCCUUGAAUCCUAAAAUUGGCUAUGACAAUGCUGCAGCAGUUGCUAAGCUAGCUCACAAGGAAGGAACUACUCUAAAGGAAGCUGCAUUGAAACUUGGAGUGCUCACCAGUGAAGAAUUUGAUGCCCUUGUGGUGCCUGAAAAAAUGAUUGGCCCAUCUGACUGAUAAACAUACAAGGAGUUCAGUUCCAUGCUUCUAAGGGAUUGUUUUCCUGAGUCUUGAGCUUCACAUUUUCCAGGUUGUUGCAUUUGUGGGCUUUGCAACUGUUAAAUAACUUGACAGGGAAUAAUGAUAAGCAGGUGAUUGUAUUUGCUACAAUUUAAAACAUAUUCUUAGAGGUUUUUCUCCUCCAGGUAGCCUAGCUUGUCAGAUUAGUAACAGCAGCUUUUGAUGGGUUCAAUAAUGGAAAGCCUUUCUCGUUUUGUAAGAAAUGCUCACUUUGAGAAAAUAACAUUGGCAAUGAAAAAGCGUUAAAUUUUUUCAUCAAUAUAGCUUUUUUAUAGGUGUUGAUUGUCUUAGUCUAUAUUCUGUCAGCUUAUUCAUGUAUAUGCGAAACGUUUUUUUUUCUUUGGAGAUGACAGAUUAGAAUAUACAAAACUAAAUGAUCUUUUUGUUUUUUUAACUAAUAAAAUAUUAAAUCCAUCUGCCGAUUUAAUAUUUUUUAAAAAAAUAUAUAAAACUGUAAAAAUCAAAAAGUAAAAAAUAAAACCAAUUAUAAAACAUUAACGGAAUCAAAUCAAAUAGAAAUUUUUACAUAAUCUUAAUCUCAGUCACAAGCAAACAAAAUCAAUCAAAUAUCACAAAUUGAAUACUCGACUAUAGCAAUAAUCACAAGCCAAUCAGUUUAAAUUCUUUAUUUAAGUUAAACAAAUCAAUAAUAAAAGUCUAAAGCUGAUUAAUAUCAAAAUAAUUAAAAUGAAAUUAUAUAUAUAAAUGGGAGAAACAAAAUUACACAUUCAAAUAUGACUAGAACAGGAUUAUAUGCCUUAAAAUCUAAAUAAUUAAAAGCACCCACAAUCCACAAUGAAUGGCUUGCACUGAUUGAGAGACAAUGAGAUGAACGAGGAACAGUAAAGUGGAGAACCACACGAAUUGCAUGAAAUGGAGAACGAUACAGCCGACAUGCAAUAGAGAACGACACGUGCAGCACGUUAAAAAUAGAAGAAGAAUCUAAGAAGGGAAGAGAAAGAAGCUGUGUCGUGGAGAGGGAGAAGAGGUGAGGGAAUCGUUUGGGGAGAGAGAGAGAGAGAGGAGUUGGGACAGGGGGAGGGUGCCGCGCUGAAGGAAAAGAAACUAAUGAUAAAAUGGGCCACGAUUUUCUUAAAAUAUAUAAUAUAUAUAUUUUUUCUAUAUUUUCGGUUGGUUAAGUUUUUUCAUGGAAUCGUACCGAAAAUUAAAAAAUUUUAAAAUUAAAAAUUAAAUCAAAUCAAAUAAAUUAAAUAAGUUGGGUUCGAUUUUUCAUUUUGACCGAAAAACUGCUAUCCCCAACAAAGGAAAACUAAAAUCAACAAAACCACCGGCGAUCUAACCUAACCGUCAUAUUCUUUUCAUUUUUCCUCUCUACGGCCGCCAGCCCUUCUCAAUCCCUACCGCUUCAUCUAUUUCUUUCCCGCUUCUCAAUCCCGGAAGCAAUUCUACAAUAUUUUCCUCUCCUUUUUUUUUCCCUUUCAUUAGUUUUCCGUUGAUUCCAUCUUAAUAUAUAUUUAUUUCUCUGUCAUUCAAUCACUCACUCACUCACUCACUCACUCAGUUCCCUUGCUGAAUCUCACCACACAUCCAUCACAACUUCAGCCGCAGCACCCACGAGAACUUCACCUUCCUUCCACAACCAUUCUUGGGUUUCUGUUUUCGCAGCAUAAGCUGAGAGAAUUAAUAAAAAAUUACCAAUUCAAUGCAGAGAGACAAAAUGGAAGUGCAUAUGGAAAAUUCAUGUUUGGAAGGUGAUAGCAAUGUAUUGGUCUUGCCUGCAAAGAAACGGAGCAAAAGGAAAAGCAUGAAUCAGAAGAAUGAAGCGGUCGAAAGAAAGAACAACCCCAAGUUAAGCAAAUCUCAGGAAAGAAAGUUGAUGAAAUUGGAGCAGGAGAAAGAGAAAGCAUUUUUACUAGCACAUAGCAUUGAGACCUUGGAG